CACGUGACUCUCUCUAAGGCGUUUAAAAGGCUCGCUUCAGCGUUCGGAACGGAACAGAGCACCUGCGGGUUAUUAACUGUUUGCGUUCCGCGUAAGUUAUUUUUCUACAGCAAACAGUUGUCUUCGCCUACGCUUUACACGUUUUCGUUUAAGACUUUGGAGUAUGUUUUUGACUUGUACGGGUUUUCAGCGUUUCUCUAUGGAAGACCGCGGCAAUAAAAUUCAAGUUGAAAGUCAUUUCAACCAGAGGGAUACUUUCAGAGAAUCUUGAAAUUCUCAUCCAGACCGGUUAGGGUGGAGUUCAUCUAUCUUGUGUUCACUUCAUUGGAUUUCGACUCAUCCCGUUUCACCUUUUACGUUCCCGUAAAACCAACUGCAACUAAUCAUGGUUGGAUUCAGAGCCGGUGACGUGCCUCCUACAGCCACGGUGAAGUUUAUUGGCGCAGGAACCGCUGCCUGCAUCGCAGACCUCUUCACGUUUCCAUUGGACACCGCAAAAGUUAGACUUCAGAUUCAGGGGGAGACCAAAAGUCCCAUGAACACAGGCCAUGGUCCGGUGAAAUAUCAUGGAGUGUUUGGCACGAUCAGCACCAUGGUGCGUGUCGAGGGUCCGCGCAGUCUCUACAGCGGGCUGGUUGCGGGACUGCAGCGUCAGAUGAGCUUUGCCUCUGUACGCAUUGGUCUCUAUGAUUCUGUCAAGCAGUUCUACACCAAGGGCUCAGAUCAUGUCGGGAUUGGCAGUCGGCUGAUGGCUGGCUGUACGACUGGAGCCAUGGCUGUGGCUGUGGCCCAACCCACUGAUGUUGUAAAGGUACGGUUUCAGGCUCAGAACAGCUCCGGGGCCAGUAAACGUUACCAUGGUACUAUGGAUGCAUAUCGGACCAUUGCAAAGGAAGAAGGAUUUCGUGGUUUGUGGAAAGGAACUGGCCCAAACAUUACCCGCAAUGCUAUUGUAAACUGCACUGAGCUGGUGACCUAUGACCUUAUAAAAGAUGCACUUUUAAAAUCGUCGCUGAUGACUGAUGAUCUUCCCUGCCACUUCACAUCAGCAUUUGGAGCUGGUUUCUGUACUACAGUUAUUGCUUCCCCUGUUGAUGUUGUGAAGACGAGAUAUAUGAACUCCGCCCUGGGCCAGUACAGCAGUGCCCUCAACUGUGCUGUAGCCAUGCUGACUAAAGAGGGACCAAAGGCUUUUUACAAGGGAUUCAUGCCAUCAUUCCUGAGGCUGGGGUCCUGGAAUGUGGUUAUGUUUGUCACCUAUGAACAGCUGAAACGGGCCCUGAUGGCAGCACGCCAUAACUGGGCCACUCCUCUUUAAGCAGUGUAUGCAGUUAGUUGAGCUUUGCUGAUGGGGUUCUGACGUUCUCUUGAAUAACUGUUUACAUAUCUAUUAAACAUGUGUGGGUUUUUUUUUUUUUUUUUUUAAUAUUCUCCUCGUGUUAGUCUUGUUUGUAAAAGAGGAAAAACUAGUAUUUUGAGUUCAAGUGUUUUUAAUUCAUUUUUAAAUAAAUGCUUCUAUUAAACACUGAA